AUGACUGUGCUUCACGAAUACGACCUUGUCAUCACGAACGGGGUUUGUGUGACGGCAUCCGAUAUCGCUACAUAUGAUGUUGGGAUUAAGGAUAAGAAAAUCGCGAUUCUCGCCCCAUCGGGAAUGCUGGCCAAUGCAAGCACGAAGAAACUCAUCGACGCCGAGGGUGGCUUCGUGAUGCCGGGAGGCAUUGAUUGUCAUGUGCACCUUCAGGAACCGAGCAUGUUUGGCAAGGGCUCGUCAGCGGAUAGUUACGAAUCUGGAACUCGAUCUGCCAUUGCAGGAGGCACAACGACUAUCGUGUCGUUUGCUCCCCAGCAGAAACAUGAAGACUCGCUUCUCGCUGCUCUCAAUGCCACACACAAGCUAGCUAGUGGCAGCUGCUACUGUGACUAUGGCAUGCAUCUCCUGGUCUCAAACCCAGGUCCAAAAGCCAUCUCGGAGCUGAAACAGAUCAAAGAGGAAGAGGGAGUCAGCUCUCUGAAGAUCUACAUGACGUACACAGCGCUGCAACUGAGCGACUAUCAGAUUCUGACUAUUCUUCUGGCCUGCCGAGAGAAUAAGAUCAUUACCAUGAUCCACGCCGAGAAUGGUGACGUUUUAAACUGGCUCACGGACAAGCUCGAGGAGAAGAAGCUAUUCGCACCGAAGUAUCACAGCAACUCGCGGCCGCCGAUUUUGGAGGCAGAGGCCACCAAUCGCGCGAUUGCUCUCUCAUCUUUGAUCAACAACACUCCAAUAUUGCUCGUCCACGUCAGUGAUCCCGGAGCCACAUUCCGGAUCAGGGAAGCGCAGACGCAUGGCCAGCCCAUCUUUGCUGAAACAUGCCCUCAGUACCUGUUCCUGACGCGAGAUGAUCUCGACAAGCCCGGCUUUGAGGGAGCGAAGUGCGUCUGCUCGCCACCGCCGAGGAACGAAGCUGACCAGAAGCUCAUCUGGAAAGGCCUGAGGAACGGCACAUUCUCGGUCCUGAGCUCGGAUCACUGCCCGUUCAGAUUUGACGACGCCGAAACGGGAAAGAAGACAUGCAUUACACAUGAGCAUCCCGUGGGCCGGUUUAAGUACAUUCCCAACGGCAUCCCGAUGAUCGAGACCCGGCUUCCCGCUACGUUUUCUGCCAGCAAUAUGACUGUCACAAAGUUUGUCGAGGUCACUUCUACAAAUGCAGCAAAGUUGUAUGGAAUGUACCCGCGCAAGGGAGCCAUGAUUCCUGGGGUCUCUGAUGCCGACUUGGUCAUCUGGUAUCCGGAGAGUAAGAAGCCAAACAUUCAUCUGACCAAUGAGAUGCUGCAUCACGAUGUAGACUAUUCGCCUUUGGAGGGACGGCACAUUGCCAACUGGCCAAGAUAUACAAUCCUACGUGGCAAGGUGGUUUGGGACAGGGACAAUGGAGGGAUCGUCGGCGAGAAGGGCUAUGGUCAGUUUGUCAAGCGUGAAACUGCAACUUUAAACAAUGUCUGGGAAAGAGUGGAGGAAGAGGGCGAGUUUGAUCUCGAGAUGCUUGUGUACUUGGCGGUUAUCAUCUUGCAGGUUGCUCGCGUAAGGAGACUUCGCGGUGAGAGUCGAAGGACAACGCGGUAUCAUCAUCACUACUGGGUCGCAAGUAUGGCAACACAUAGACCGUUGCCAAGGGGCAUCUACACACCCCUCCCGACGUUCUUCCUGGACAAUGAAGACCUCGACCUCGAGGCCUUUGCCAAACAUGUCGUCUAUGUCUCGAAAGCAGGCACAGUUCCCGUCGUGGCUGGCUCUGCCGGCGAGGCGACGCACCUGACUGGCUCGGAGCGCGCGCAGCUCGUCCGAACUGCCCGCUCGGCACUAGACGCAGAAGGGCUCACAGACGUGCCAAUCGUCGCGGGCGUCGGCGCAUCGAGCACGCGCGAGACGGUCUCGCUUGCGCACGACGCUGCGAGUGCGGGAGCAGACUAUGCGAUGGUGAUCCCGCCUGGCUACUACGCCAGCCAGCUGCAAAAGAACGAUAGCUUGGCGAUCCAGCAGUUCUUCGUCGACGUUGCCGAGGCCAGUCCGAUACCGGUCGUCAUGUAUAACUUCCCCGGCGUCUCUAGCGGUAUCGAUCUUAGCAGUGAUCUCAUCAUCGAUGUAGUGAAGCAGAGCCCGAAUGUGUAUGGUGUCAAGCUCACUUGCGCCAACGUCGGCAAGAUUACGAGAUUAGACGCUGUCAUCGGAAAUGAUGAGUUCCAGAAGAAGUAUCCCAGGAAGGAUCCAAACCAGAAGUUUCAUAUCAUUGACGGCUACAUCGAUAUUCUACUCCCGUCAAUGGCUAGCGGAGCUGCAGGGGCCAUAUCUGGGCUCCCCAAUAUUGCACCGUUAGCUGACGCCAAAGCCGGUCCUAAUUCUACAACUUUCCAAGAAGCCCAGAGGAUACAGCGGCUUCUGUCUCUAGCAGACGGUGUUGCUGCAGGAGUUGGCAUUGCUGGUCUGAAAAUGAUGGUGCACCAGAGAUUCGGAUACGGGAAGAACCCUCGAAGACCCUUGCUUCCAAUGAGUGACGAGCAAGGGGGAGCUCUAAUGCAAAAUGAAUACAUAGCAGCAGUUAUCAAGGAGGAAGCCACACUUGUUCACCAAUAG